AUGCGUUCGCACCUUCUUAGUGCCGCCCUGCUUUGGGCUUCCCUUCGCACCCUUUGCUUUUUCACGGCGGAACGUCCGCGGGUUGCAACUGCGCGGGGCACGCGCACCUGGCGGACCGCGGCGGCGGCGGCGCCGCCUCGUCCCACGCCCAAAGCGCCUGUGUACUAUCGAGCGCUCACGAAGAUCAAUGUGCGUGUGUCGCCCGAGGUGAAGAGCCUCCGAUCUGGAAAGAGUCUCGAACAGGGGCAACAGUUUCAGGUCUCCGACAGCAUCGUGGCAGAUGGACAGACCUUCCUGAAACUGGCGAACGGCGAUGGUUGGGUCUUCAGCAAGGGCAUCGCCGGGAAAUGGGUUGGCCAGACCAUCGCCGAGCCUUUGACCGCUGCAGAGUUGGGUGCAGAUAGCAACGAGGUGAUCAAGGCGCUGAAGAGGGCGUUCCGUGAACCUUUGAAGGAGCUUGACCGGGACCCGGCCUUCUACGCGUACAUCGCAGCGAUCCUCGGCGUGGCGAUCCUCCUCUUCCGGAUGUUCGCCAACAUCUGA